AUGUCGCGCCAUCGAAAUAAUCCCUUCUACACGUGGUUUCUAUUCCAUUUCACCAGUAGGAUGUCGAACUCGCCACUCUCCCCGUCGCCAGCUGGCUUUCCGCCAACAAGAUUGACACCUUGCCCUACACCUCCUUCUUCCGUCUUCUCACGAUUGUCUCAGCCUAAAACGGUCGCCAAGCAGUUGGAAGAAGCAGCCGUUGGAGCUUUACCUCCCAACCCGACCAUUGAGAAUCUGUCCAAGAUUACCUGGAAGAACCGUCGCUUCGUCCAAGAGGAUUUGUUGGCUCUAAAAGGUGCAAAGGGCAGGAAGAGCUGGAUUAGGUCGCAUGGAACCUUCCUUGUCGAACUGAACUAUCAGGAUCUACCGAUAGGUCACCGAGUCAAGCGAGUUGCCCGAGAGCAGGAUCACGAGGAAUACCGGCUCUGCGAGGAAUCCACGGCCGAGCUCGAGGUUGUCAUGAACAACGAAACGCGGUGGAACUCCACUUACAUGAUGAUUGAGAGGGCUUUUCGAAAGCAGACAGAUAUCAGAGCAUUUAUCUUUGCAACUCAAGAAGAGGAAGACGGGGCAAGACGGAUCCCGGCGGAGGACAUAUUGUCCAGCGAAGACUGGCGGGUUCUUGGCGAAGUCAACGAGAUUCUCAAACCCAUAUACCUUCAGACGAUGCGGACGCAAGGCUGGGGUAAAGGUGACAGCCAUGGACGCCUGUGGGAGGUGGUGAUAGGAAUGGAAUAUCUGUUGGAGCAUUUUGAGGACUGGAAGGCCUUCUAUAGUGAGGUUACGGAGGAGACGAUGGGAGAAACUCAAGUGGAUGCUGCGGAGCGGAUUGCAACGGCGUCAGCAAAUUUCCGAGAGUCCAACGGUCGGCCAAGCCGCGUUCGCCGUCUCCCUGCCCGCUUUGAGGAGGAUGAGGUUUACGCGCUACCACAGCGGAGUCAACCUCCGAUAUUCGUAGAAUCUGCCUUACCGUUGCAUUCUCGGGCUGAUUAUUCUACGGCGGAGAAACGAUCAGCGUCCGAGACGUCGCAAAAGAGCACAUUACCAGCGGACCAUCGAGCCUACAUUCGGGCAUCAAUCAACAACCAGUGA